GCGAAGAAAGUGGUGAGGAAUUUGGAACCGAAAUUGAAUUCAGUCCAUUUGUCAUGUGACAUAGAUACUACACAAAAGCGAGUUGCAGGAACGGCCAAAGUUGAACUAGCAUUCUUAUCGAGUGAAAUGGAAAAAGCAUUUUCGUCAAAAACUUGGUAUUCUCAGUUAAAGAAGACACUUGAGACGAGCUCUGUCGGUAUGGACAGUACAUGGAUAACCAGUGAGUGA